CAAAAAGAAUGAAAAAAAAAGAAAAGAAUGAAGAAAAGAAAGAAACAAAAAAAAGGAAUAAAAAAAAGAAACGAACGAAAGGAAAGAGAAGAAAUGAAGAGAAAGAGAAGAAACGAAGGGAAAGAGAAGAAAUGAAAAGAAAAAUAAAGAAUGAAGAGAAGAAAAAAACAAAAAAAGAAAAAAAAAGUGGAAGAAAAGAAAAAAAGAGAAUAAAAGAAUGA